AUGUCUUUUGACCAGCUAUCGUCCAUGGAGUCUGGUGGAGGCGGGAGAGGCAAUUCCCGCCGUCAAGGUCAAGGCGCCUACUCCGACUCGCCCGAGUUCAGUCGCCUGUCGCAAGAUUUGAUGAACACGCUCUUUCAUCUCCAGGGCAACAACUCAAAGCUGCGCACCGAAAUCAACCGCCUCGGCACCCGGCAAGAUAACCCCCGAUUGCGAGAACGAGUUCAGGCCCUUCUCGAAGAGUCCCGCGACCAGUUCAAGGACGUGGGCGAGGGCGUCAAGAAGCUGCAACAGUGGGGAGAAGACAUCACACCGACGCAAAAAUACAGCCAGCAAAAGCUUGCACGCGAGUUUGGCGCGAGUCUCAAGGAGUUCCAGAGUCUCCAGAGGACGGCCCUCGAGAAGCUCAACGCCAGUGUCAGCGCGGCCAAGGCGGCGCUCGAUGCGGAAUCUCCCUCGGAGGCCCGCGGCGCUCAACAGGAUGAACUCCAGCUGCUCCAGCAACAGCAAGAACAGGUGCACUUGGCCAACCAAGACGACGUUGAUUUCCAAGAUGCCUUGAUUGCCGAGCGUGAGGAGGAAAUCCGACAGAUUGAGGAAGGCGUUGGAGAUUUGAACGUCCUUUUCCGUCAAGUCGCUCAAAUUGUCAGCGAGCAAGGCGAACAGUUGGAAACAAUUGAAAGCAAUGCUGUCAACAUCCGCGACGACACCAGAGGCGCCGACUACGAGCUGAGAAGCGCAGCAAGAUACCAAAAGAAUGCCAGGAGCAAGGCCUGUUGUCUACUGUUGAUUCUAGCCGUAAUCCUGACUAUUGUUCUCUUGGCCGUCUUUCUGGGGUGA